AUGGGCGAAUGCACAAAAUUAUUAAAAUUAAACAAUAAAGCAUUUUAUAACUGUACAAAAUUAAAAUCGAUAAUAACGCCACCCUGUAUUACAGCUCUUGGAACAGGCUGUUUCUAUAAUACUUUUUCAUUACAAAGGAUAGAUUUUCCUGAUUCUCUUGAAACUAUUCCUGACUGGGAUAGCACUGAUUACAAUGAAUUCCAGUCUUCAGGAAUUACAGAGAUUUCAAUUGGCGAAAACUCUAAUUUGACUUAUAUUGGAACAGAUGCAUUCUCAACAACUAAAUUGAAAUAUUUUACAAUUCCUUCAAAAUUAAGAAUGCAAGAUGGAUCAUGCUUCCAAGCUUGCCCGAUUAUUAGUAUUAGUAUUGAUAAGAGAAAUCCAUAUUACAAAACUGAUGGAACUUCUAUUUUUUCUGGAUCGGAUUUUUCAACUUUAUUCUACGUAAGUUCAGCGCUUACUGGAACAUAUCAGAUUCCGACUUUCAUUAAAAGGAUUGGUAAUUCUGCUUUCAGAUAUGGUAAUAUCAGUAAAAUUGUUCUAACAUCAAAUGUGACAUCUCUUGAAAAUUGGUGCUUUGCUGGUUCUCAAAUAACAGAAUUUAAAUUUACAGAUCAAAUUACAUUUAUUGGAUCAUGGAUAUUUGGAUACUGUAAAAAAUUAGUAUCAGUAACAUUAGAUGAAAAAUUGACAAAAAUUCCUUCGAAUAUGUUUUCAAAUUGUUAUGCUCUGAAAAACGUCAACAUUCCACCAAAGUUGACAUCAAUAGGUGCUUCAGCUUUCUCUGGAUGUAGUUCACUUAAAUCAAUAACCCUUCCUGAAACAUUGACAGAACUUGGUGAUGGAGCAUUCACUGGGACUGGCGAAAUUAACAUCACCUCUUUUAGUCCAGCUUUUUAUUCAGAAAACUUCCUUACAUAUAAAGACAAUAAAGAAACAUUGAUUUUAUACACAGGUUCAAAUACUGACAAUGAUCUUUCGAUUAUAAAUUAUUGUAAAAGUAUUAGUGAUCUCACAUUUAAGGAUAAAAAACUUCGAGAUGUUACUUUCCAGAGCGAAGAUCCUGAAAUUAACAUGACUAUUGGAAAGCAGGCCUUUCAAUCUUCUACUAUUAGAUCCAUUAUUUUUCCACCUGGAUUAGUCUCGAUUGGGAUAAAUGCAUUCGAUCGUUGCGGAUCUCUGAAAAAUGUUACCUUCAAAGGAAAUAAAUUAAAAUCCAUUCCUAACUACUGUUUUAAUAACAACAAAAAUCUUGAACACAUCACACUUCCAUCAUCCAUCGAGAUUAUUGGUGAGUAUGCAUUCGCGAACUGUCCACACAUUGGAGAUAUUGGCAUCUCUGGCAUGAUCAACCUGAUUUCUGUUGGUGCUUAUGCAUUCUUUUAUAGUGGUCUGAGCACAGCGAAUCUUGCAAACAGUGGCUGUGUAGUUGACAUCAAGUGCUUCAUGGGCUCAUCAAUUAGUGAACUCACAAUUAGCUCUUCUAUUCCUCAGCAACUCUGUCAGUACUGUGUAUCUCUUGAAAAACUCACUCUGAAGAUCGGUGUUUCAGUGAUCGGACCAUAUGCAUUUGAUGGUUGCACAUCUCUCCAAGGAUUCAUCAUUCCUAGUACUCUUUCCAACAUCCAAAGUUUUGCAUUCCAGACCUGCACAUCUCUUUCCACUGUCUACAUGAAUGGCGAAUGCACCCUAUCUAGAGUUGAUGGUGGCUGUUUCUACGAAUGCUUCAGUCUCACAGAAAUCAUAUUGCCUCCAUCAGAUCAAAGAUAUCGUUUUGAGAACGGCGCACUCACAGACUACGAUCAAACAAAUCUCAUUGUCUUCCUUCCUUACAGUGGAGUCAAGAACUUCAUUGUUCCUAUGACGAUGAGAACGAUUGGUCAAUGUGCUUUCAUGGGCAGUCCAUCACUUAUCAGAGUUUUCUUCAACGGCAACAAUAUCCAGAAGAUAGACUACCAAGCAUUCAAAGACUGCAAAAAUCUCAAUCUCGUCUUCUUCUCAUCAUCCAGCAUCAAAACCAUCGGUGACCAAGCUUUUGAUGGCUGCAGUCUUCUUCGCAAGUGCGGUUCUUUCUCAGCUCCAUCAAGUGCUCAGAAGAUCAUCAUUGAGCAAGGUAAGAUACCUUCGAUUGCAUUUAAAGAUGAUUGUGGUUUAUCGAAUUCAUGUAAAAAUGCAAAGCAUUUUGAAAUUUCAGCCUCAUAUCUAUAUCCUUUUAUAUCUAUGUCUAUAUAA